AGAGUUUAGCACAUUGCAGGAUAUGACUUUACUUUUUAGCGAAUUCAGUCGGCAUGGUUAUUUACUUUUUUAUGAAUUACAACGUAUACACCCGGGUGUUGUUGAAGAGGAGUUGGCGAUAGAACAUGACUACUACGUUGCUCAAAAUUUGCAAUUCGUUGAAUUUUUAGAUGGCAAGAAUAAUAAUAAUAAUCAUUGCACAAUACAAUAA